AACCGUCCAGCUUGCAGUCGAGUUGGUCGUCCGUUUGAAACGAUGCCCCUGGCGAACAUAGCCGAUCGCAUACGAAGAUUCCCAUCUCAUAAAAUUUAUUCAAGCGAGGAUUCUGAGAAAAAGUUUUCUAGCAAUUUUUUCGUACCUGAAAAGGUCCUUGAUCAACACAAAGUGGGUAAGAAGACGAAGAUUAGCAAUUGCUUUUUCGUUUAAAAACAAUUUUGCAUGCGUUUUGGUGACACUUGACGGCAGAAAAUUGAUUUUUAUCUGCGGUUUGUCGCCAUUAAAGUGUGUAGGAACCAUAAAGAAUAGGACGUGAUUUAUUGAAAAUUUGCUAGGACACGAGACAAAGUCUAGGUGCCCAGCGAUUCCAGACAGGCUGGGCAUUGUUUCAAAUAAGUCUUUUCCUGGCCAUGAAGUAGAAUUUUCUAUAUAAAUUGGCUUAGAAUUGUCGCGGACCAAGUGUCAUUCGUUCGAUGACAGCUGAGAUAGCCCAGCGACCGAGCAGAAUAAAUAGCCGUAGAAUAACUAGAAACUAAAAGUGUUCUGUUGGACGGUUUUACGUUGAUAAUCUCGCAGGGAAAUCGUUUAAUUCCUCGCGCGUGGAAGGAGGGCUGUGCCGUGACUUUUAGAAAGAUUUCGCAGUGGUUUUAAUAUGGAUGUUGAUUUACCAAAUGUGCUGAAAAGAUGUUUAAGUGCUCCGAUCAUUAAUAACUUGCCCGCAAACUCCACCUUGCCUACGUCGAAACAGAAUCCCAGCGGCGACGAGAUGACUUCAACCACAGCUUCCGCAUCGACCAGCAGUGCUUCCUCCUCGAGGGAAGCAUCGCCAGCUCCGAUUUUGAAUAUAUUCGCUCCCCGGGCACGGCGCUACUCUGCCAGCUAUGCCUCAUUGAGCGGCGGUGGGAAUGGACCACGAUUGACUCCUCGAGUAUCUCAACUGCGGCAGGAAGAAUGUGCAGACGCUAAUACCCGGGAGGUCAACCACGAACGUGAAGUUCACAGCGCCAUGCAGAUGUCUCAGAGUUGGGAAGAUCUAACCCUCGUGGCGGAGAAUUGGUCCUGCAAAUCCGAAGAUUUGACCAAUCCUUUGCAAGUUUCGUUGCCAACUGGGCCGCCAAGCUGUUCGAGUCCUAGCCCAACCAGUCGCGCUGGCAUGCGUUUACCGUACGGACUAUCCCCAUCCCCCACGAGGAAAAUAUUUACUAGACGGUCUAUGUCGCCGAUAGCCAUGCGCCCAAGCCAGCUGGGACCUGUGAAAAGGAAAUUUGAGUUGGACGAUUGCAACUGGACAAGCACUUGUUCACCGCCUCCGUUCAAGAAAAUUUUUACUGAGAGUCGAGGCCCUUCCCCAAUUUGUCAAUCGCCAUCAUCAAUAUGCCCAAGCCCCGAUUCCGGAACAUAUGAAGGGCGUCUUACACCCAAACUAUUUGUGUCCAAGCUUUACUCAAAUGGUACAAACUCGUCAUCAUCAAUAUGUUCAUCGCCAAUGAUACCAUCUCCCGGUGUCGAUUCAGCCAUCGAUCUUGCAUCAAACAACAGCGGCAGUCCAGCCGCUAUGAUAUCGUCGUCUGCAAGUAGCGAGCCCAUGAGUGUGGUGUCAUGUUGUGAUAAUGAAACUGAAAGCGAAAUGACUGAUACAGAGUCUGAAACCCGCGCGAAAAUUGGAAUGGAUAGUGAUAGUGAGACAACAACAGAUUCAUUGCGAGAAAAGAAACUCAUCAUGGAUGAUGUAAAGAUGUUUGAAGAAAGUUCUAAGAAUGACGAAAACUUCAAGAUAGUGGGGAAUUUGAGUUCGGAACAAUUGUUGGCCCCAACCAUUGUAACCCCCGAGAAGUUAAUAAAAUCAAUAAUGCCUGCAUCAUUAAACUCGACUGAUUCUCUCUCUAGCUUUAGUGAUACUAAUUUUAGGAUAAACCGUAAUGAUAAUGAUUCUGGUGAUAAUAGCAUAAGUAGAAAUGUGGAGAGCAGUGAAAGCAGUAGCAAUUACGAAAGUGAAUUAGUGUCAGCCGUAGAUGCUAGCACAUGAGUCAUCAACUGUGGCAGUCUAUUCGCAUAAAGAUAAAUAUUGAUAAACAUUAACAAUAUCAAACAUUAUUUAAAUUUAAUUUAUAAAACACACGUAGUCCUCUGUAGAUUAGUAUGAAAGAAGAGUAUAUAUUGGGUGUACUAAUAAGCCAAGUGACUCACGAUAGGAUUUUGAACAUUUGCAAAGAAAAUAUCCGGUUAAGCCUGCACCGAAGGCCCCAAUUAUUUCGAACCUUCCUGGAAUACAUUCUAAUAAAAAAUGGGGCGAACAAACCCGUUUCAUUAUACGAUGGGACAUAAUGAAGCAAGGGAUGUUUCCCCUUCAUGAUUACGAUUACAUUUAUCAAUAAAUAAUUAAAUGUUCAAAACUCGGAUAGCAAAAAUGAUAGUAUAAACAUAGAUGAGGCUAUAGAAAAUACACAUACCCUUACAGCUCGUGGAGAGAACGAAAUACAAAUCCCUACCAAUAUAUAUUUACAUUUAAGAGAAUGAUAGUUUUCUAGCGUUUAUUAUUAAAGAUACAAAUAUUCAUCCUAACAAACAUAUUCGCAAAAAGCUGAACCUGGUAGCCAAUAUAUAUUAUUAUAGACUCAUAAUUUGUAAAUAAACCAAGAUAACACAAAGAUAAUUUCAUUCAUACGCUUCAUUUUUAUUCUUCAUCGUUGAGAAGUGUCACAUCUCCAAUUUAAAUUCUAAUGUUUAUGUUUCGUGUUUAAUAGUUUUCGAUUCUAAAUGCCUAACAUGUUUGUUUCUUGUAGAACAAUUUAGAGUAAAUUAUUUGAAAUUGAUUCAAAUGGACGUGUUGAGUCAUUUUGUUGGCAACGUUUCGAGUUAAUUGAGGAGAACUUCAAUAUUGUUGCAAUGAACCUGUUUUGUUUCGCUAGGUCGAACCGUACUUAUGAAAUUGCAAACCGAAAACAUACAUAAUCAAUUUUUGUCUUUAGUAAUAGUCAUGGAGAAAGAUAAAUAAUAAAAUUAAAAUUAGGAGGAAAUGUGUAGAUUGCGUUAAUUUACAAGUUUAUGUAAAGUGGACGCAAGAUAUAUAUUUUAUGGAGUUUGUAAAGUUUGAGUUAUGAAGAACGAUAAUAAAAAAUUGUAGAAACUUA